AUGGCCGGCGCCCGAGCUGCCGGUCGGUGGGCGUGCAAUCAGAGCCCGACAGGGAACAAGGGCCGACACGAGAGCUUCGUGGGAACCGAAUUCGACUGGCACAAUGCACCCCACGAUGCGGAGCUGGCGGCGGCGGCGCGCGCUACUCCAAAACCAAGGCAAAGCUCCGGGCAGGGGCAAGAUCUAAACGUCACUCUGUUUCCCCUCUUCGCCUCUGGCGGACAAACGAUGAUGUGAUGGGCGAUAUGUGCGGCUAUUAUUGCCUUGGGGUCCGCUCCAUUUCAGCACCUGCCGAGCCAACUGUAUGCAUGUACUCCUUUAUUUCCCUCUCAAGCACCACACACAGAAAAAAAGAAAGAAAAAAAACCAGCACCUCCACAUACCCACUCCCACAAACACCCAACCCUGGCAGGGCACCAGGGGCACCGACGGCGGAUAGCCGCGUGUUGAAACGGGGCCAAUCCGGUCAAUUGGAUUGUGGCACACUGGGCUUCGUCCCAGUGGCACCACGUUGUGCAGCUCUGGCACUCG